AUGAUCGCUAACCUUUUCAACUGUGAUCAAGGCGCGGUGGCCAUUCAUGCUGGCCCUGUACGGGGAAACGUUGACUUCCAUGCAUCCGACUCUGAUGAUGAGGCUCAGUUGAUGCAAGCUUCUGAUGAUGAUUGUUUUUUUGCUUCAGAUGAGUCUCCAGAAAACGAAGUACGGUUACCGGUGCCUGCCGCAGCAUCCAGACCAUAUAGAAAGCGAGCAUCCGACGAGGCUAGUUUUUUGGGGAAGCCAGUCUGCAGGCGAGCGCUGAGCAUGCUUUUGGGUGUGGGGCAGUCAACCUUGCAGAAUCUCCGUCAAGGUUUGCCGACAGGAACUCAGAAGCAAAGGCUGCCCAAAGCGGACAAGCACCCUCUCCUGGAGGUCUCAAUGUCCCAUAGACCCAAUGUCAAGUGGGCUGGGGUUUUGAUGUUCCUUUGGCUGGUCUACCAUUCGGAGGCAGAGUAUUUGCCAACGCACUUUCGGGCAGGAUGUGGUUCGAAUAAGUUGUCGGAGGAAGCUUUUCCGGAUCCGGUCGAUGACGACCAGUCUUUGCGCGCCGUCGAGUCGUUCAUGAAAAGUCUUCACAAACAUUAUGCAGACGUGGAAGAGCACAUGAUCGGACCUGGCUCAUUUAAAGGAGCUCGGAAGGUUUUGCCUCAUGGCAGUCGAACAGAGCUUUUCUGGAGUUACCGCGCGUGGGCAGCCGGGAGGGAGGAAGGGGCUGCUGCUUCCUUCAACACAUUCCUUCGUGUAGCGAACAAAGUGCUUCGACUUGGUGAGAAAGAUGGUGUGCUGAAGUUCAGAAAGCAAAACGAGCAUGGAGCUUGUGAUGUUUGUACUGGCCUGAAGACAAACAUCAGAAAAACAGUGCGGCAGUUUGGUGUUCACAGCACCGAGUGUGAGACUGCGCAGCGGGCGUACACCCGGCAUUUGCUGAGUCAAUGGCUCGACAGGCAAGUCUAUUGGUCCAUGAGAUCGCUGAGCCAGGCUUGGUUUAAGCAAUCCAUCGAAUUUGGGCACCGAGCUCUGAUUUCCUCUGUGGCUACAGCUGCGGUGACUGUGAUCCAAGACGGCAUGGACCAGUCAAAAUUCAAGGUUCCGAGAACAAGGAUGGCGCCAAGCAAGCUUUUCCAGAGACUGUUUCGGCCGACUUUGCACGUUGCAGCUUCUUGGCUACAUGGCCAAGCAAUCUACAUCUACGUAGCUGACGAAGAUACCAAGAAGGAUGGCUCUGCUCAGCUGGAAAUGCUGUCGCGAACCUUGAAUUCUAUUGCAGACAAUAUGCCAAUGGGUCAUGAAGAUGUGGAUCAGGUCUUCUCGCAGCAAGCAGCAUUCAUAAGCCGCCACACAUUCGAUUCCGCAUGUGGCCUAGUGGAUUUGCUGGAUAGCAGCUUCCGUUCGUCUGACGACGGUGAACGUGAGAGGAAGCGACACACUUCCCAUGGUGGCCGCGUGCAGGUACACUGCAUCAAAUUGGACGAAGUCGCACAGUGGAGGCAGUGGGUCGCAAUGGCACGCUUACGAAUCAAAGGUUUGAGACAUGUGCACCAAUUGAGGUUUGCAUUGCGCGAAGAUUUGAGCCCCGCAUCCUUUGGGCAGUGCAGGGUUGAAGAGAUUUCUGGGUCAGCACCUUCCGGAAAAGAUGUUUUGCUUCUGGCGAAGCGAUGGAUGUCGGACCCAGAGCCCUUUCGUGUGGUCUGUUUGAUGCCAGCAGCCACUUGUGGUGUGCUCCGUGCGUCUUUUGCACAACCCGGCGGUGUCGAGGAUCGUCGACCCAUUGCACCCAAAGUUCAGAAAAACAUAUGCCGGCUCAGCCACGAGCGCAUGAGACAAGGAGACAUCUCCGCCGAUGCGUGUGCAUACCUGACGCAGUGGUGUAGCGGUGAGCUCGCUCGCAAACCCAGGCCCUGCAGGUAUCCGUUUCUGGAGGUCCGGCGUGGUGAUGUUCCAGCUGCCGAGCGGGUCAUUUGGGCAGGCGCAGGCCGCGACCGCCAUAUCAAUCUCAAGCGGGACGAUCAGGACAGGAUCCUAGGGUUGCGCGAAUAA